CCCUCGCUGUCACACCAAAUGGAAUCAUAGACCGUAUGAAUGUAUUGAUAACUCACCCGCGGGUGUAAAUCCGGUGUUUGCUUUUGAUUAUAUUGAUCUGAACGUGAGGCACAUCUAUUUGUUUGCUCUGUUUGGGAGACAACUGCUCGACAAUUCUUGUCUUACCUUUGGAAUUCCGGGCGAUUUUGAGGAGGCGCAGUCCGCCAGAAAUUACGCACCAGACAACAUGAUUUUGAAACAUUUGGCAUUUCUGUUGGUUCUACGAUACUUUAUUAAUUUGGUCGCACUAGAGGUUGCAGCGGAGAAAGCUCUCUCUGAGCCGCUCAACCUGUCAUUGACGUGGGAGUCUGAAUUCCGUAUAAAGCUGUCGUGGAACGCACCAGAGGAUUUAGAUGCAUCUUGCAAGGUGAACUACAUGAUCGUUACAAGGAUCGGAGAGGAGAAGGCUCCAUUAACGACAACUUUCAACUUGUAUAAAGAGUAUAAUGUCACUAAUGAUGCAGUGAAUUACACAGUGAAAACAAACCCCAGAGACUGUACAGGCAGAACCAUAAGCAGACCUGUCAGCAUAUUUAAACCUAAACCCACAGAGUUGGUGAAGAACUUCCAUUGUUCCCUCUACUCCUCUAAGGCCAUGAACUGCAGCUGGCUUCCAGUCAAUCAGGCCUCAGACCUCCAGCUCUACUAUGGGUACCUUGAUCCCUCCCACAUAGCAGCAUGCAGUGAGUACCAGUACAGAGAUGAUCAGAGGACAGGAUGUCACCUGAAAGGAUCCUUCCUUCAAUAUGACGUCUACUUCAAGGUCAAUGGGACUCUCGAUGGCUUAACUGUACAGAAUAACUUCCUGGUGGUUCCUAGAUAUUAUGUCAAGCCCCCGGCCCCUAAGGUGAAGAUCACAGAGGAAGGUCAGAAUCUCAUCCUGAGCUGGGACCCUCCGGACAUAGGCGCUGUCCACUGCUGGGAAUUCGUCUUAAACUACGACAAGUGUAAAGAGUCUGUGAAUAAGGAAAUACAAUCGGAACAUGUACCAGUGAAGAUUUCAUAUGACAAGAGAUGCCAGUACAGAGUCAAGCUUAAAGCAGUCUAUGCGAAAUGGUGUGGGGAGGGAGGCAGCGACUGGAGCGAAGAGGAAAUCUAUGGUGUGGAUGAUUGGUCGACGAUUGUGUUUGAUGUCGUCAUUCCAGCUGUAGUCUUCUUAUUCCUCAUCCUUUUCAUUUGUUGCUUUAUGAAGCACAGAGAGAAGCUUUUCCCCACGAUACCACAUCCCUCACUGAUUUUCAAGGACAUGCUGAACAGCAAUAAGGAACUGAAGAGCUCCAUAGGCAAUCUCUAUGUCCCGGUUGAGGAGGAGGUGGAAUGUAAGAUCAGCCUAGAGAAAGACUAUACUCUUCCCAUGAUGCAGCCUGAUCACUGAGAGACUACACACUGACCCUGUAGUGAUUAUUACUGUACAGACAGAUACAGCUACAACCUGACCCGGUAUGACCUGCGAGCCAAGUGACUUCAGUGUCAUUGACCGGCCCUCAAAGUAAGCUAUCUUAAGGUGGACCCUAACUGUACUGCUGAAGAGUGUCAGGAGUUGGAGCUCCACAGUCGAAGGACGACCUUAACGAGUUGGCUACAGACUGAGAGUAUGUGGACUAUGGAGACGCCUUUUCCUUUGUUUGUCCUGGAACUGUCAGGACUUAUCGACUCACUGACUCCUGUAUUGUUCUGGAUUGUGUGUGCGUGUGCGCGUGUGCGUGUGUGUGUGUGUGUGUGUGUGUGUGUGUGUGUGUGUGUGUGUGUGUGUGUGUGUGUAGGCAGAUACUAAGAACUGUUCUCAUCUACCCCUUGCGAUCCAAGGCUUGGGGUCGCAAGGGGUAGAUGAGGUCAAAUGUCAGAGGUUAUCAGAAAGCCAGUGCAGGAAACGAGGAGGGGCUGGACUCCUAAACCUCACUCCCCGACCAAAUAGGACAUUGGUGGGCAGUGCCCGAAGAGAUGUGCAGGCAGCACCACAGUCUUUAUCUGACUGAUCAACCCUGUUGAUCAUGUAAUGAUUUAGGGGACAAAGAAGUACUUGAAGCUGUGACCCUCUGUGAAAUGAGUGCACUACCUGUGCCAUAAAAGGCCAGACCUCUAGGCAGGGACUUUAGGGCAUUGACAUACAGGUAGUUGUGUCCCAAAUGGCUCCCUAUUCACUACACGUAUAGUGUGAAUGCAGAAUGCCUAUAAAGGGCUAUAUGCUGCUAAUGUGAGCUAGAUUGUUGUGACUCUGUUGUUAUCAACCUGCAUUGCUAUUUAAAAUGAUAACUUCCCGGUACGUAAUAGCUAUGUGUAAAUAGGUUGUGCAGGUGUAUCUGUAGUAUGUACAAAUGUUGGUGAAAUAUAUAUUUUCAGUUUUGUGUGUUAUGGAAAUGUUUUGUGCAACACAAAUGUAUUUUUUUUUUAAUUUAUUUUUUUAUUUCCCAUGUUGUCUUAUGGAACCUUAUACUUCUGCAUUAAUGAUUUAUUGAUAUCACCACACACACUCACUCAUUGAGUAUCAUUCACAUCACACCUCCAUACAUGCAGAGACUCUUCCUUGAUAAGAUCGCCAAGUCCUUUUUAACAACCUGGAAUGAGAAACCUGCUGAACAGCUUAAACCUGUUAUCUGGUCUGUUCUGAACUAGAGAUAAGAGUAACGUGCUCACAGAUGAACCAAUGCGCAUGUCAAGCAAGGCCUUGUGUACCUGCUAAUCUAUGAUGAGAAUCAAUCCAGUGUGGGCGUUGAGAGAAUAAACCCAUCAACAAAUAACUGAA